AUGCAGAAGCUCAUGGCCAAGUUGGAAAGCGUCAUUGAGCAGCAGGCAAAAGUCUCCGAGAAGGAGCAAACCCGGCUUAGCAGCCUGGAAACCGUCUUGUAUCAGAAGCAGGAGGCCGAGGAGAGUGAGAAGGUCAAGAAGUUGGUCUUAGCCCUCUCAGAGGUGAAGCGGCAAAAGGAGGCUGCUGAGAAGCUUGCUACGGACGAGGGCAAUCGUGCGGAAAGGCUUGCAAAAGAGGUGGACGAUUUGCAACGGCAGCUGGCUGGUGUUCAACCCCGCAGUGGGCGCAGGGCUCAGAUGUGGCUCAGUCAGGCUCAGAUGACCAGCCUGGACAAUUCUCAAGUCGAGGAGUUGCAGCGGCUGCGAGAGGACUAUGCCCAGGAGCAGCAGAAGCGGGAGGACCCGCCCACAUGA